AUGGAUGGAAGCCAAGGUGAGAUGGAUCUGGGGCCUUUUGCCUCGAUCAUCGGCAAGUGGAACGACGUGAAUCAAUAUGGAAAAACCUAUUUGGUGCGGGUGGAACGAAAUAAACUGCAGGUGGUCAUGAUGGGUAUGCAUGGAAGGCUUCGCGAUCGACCCAAGACGGUCGACUUGACGUAUCGUCCAAAUCCACCGGAACUCCUUUGGGAAAGACGCUAUAGCCUGAAACAGGCGGAUUUCAGCUUGGUGGAAAUCAGGCGGCCUGGAUCAGCCGACCACCUGUUUUUUGGGAUAUCCGACCACGUGUCCUGGGUGUCCUGGGAUUCUGGAUAUUCUGGGAAAGCCUCGUAA